AUGUCAGAUAGACGACCUAACAAACGAUCAGAGGCAGCAAUCGCUGCAGCAAAACACUGGAAUAAUAAGAAGAGACAAAGGGAAAUAGAUAUCGAUGAACAAGAGAGUAAGAAGUAUACUGAGGAACCUUUGGUUGAGAUUGUGGAGUCUCCGAAAGAAGUUAUAAUAGUGUCGUCUGAAGACGAAGCAAUUGAUGACAAGGACAAAAAGAAACCUAGACAAGAUAUUGAAUUGAAAAGAUCACAAAUAAGACUUUUGAGUGAUCCCAGCUAUUCGCUACAUGGAAUAAAGACUGAUCUUGAUGUGAAUAAGGACACCCUUCUGUUAUCUGACUUAGUUGGCAGCAAAGAUUUGAAGGAGACCUAUCAGUUCAAUUUUAGUGUCGACUUAGAGUUUUUUCUCAUGCAUUUACAUCCUAAUAUGUCGAGGCAACGGCGAAAAAUUACAUUCAUAACUGGGUCGAGAUUACUCAAUCCAGAUGAACUGAUCCAGGAUAUUGCACUUAUAAAAUCGAAGUUUAACAUCAAUGAAUUAACGGCAGAUCUUCCAACGCGGUUUGGAACACAUCAUACUAAAAUGAUGAUUAAUUUUUAUGAAGAUGAUACUAGUGAAAUAAUUAUAAUGACAUGCAAUCUCCAAAAAAUCGACUUUGGGGGUUUGACACAAAUGUGUUGGAAGUCAGGAAGAUUACAUAGAUCAAAUGGUAACAUAUCCCCGGAAAGAGGAGCUCGAUUUCAAAAAGACUUAAAGAAUUAUCUAUUCAGAUAUAAGAAAAACCCACUACGUGAAUUAGGCAAGUCUUUAGAUGAGUACGAUUUCCUGCCAGUUAACAUAGAGUUGGUAGCAUCAGCACCAGGGUUUUUUAAUAUGGCAGAAUCAACUAAUGAUAGUGAAAUAUACGGAUAUGGGAAACUAUACCAGGUGUUGCGAAGGAACAACUUAUUGAUUGAUAAUUCGAAGGGUGAAAAUAAAUACAAUAUAUUAGCCCAGGUCUCAUCUAUUUCAUACCCAUUUGCUACAGAAAAGCUGAAUACAGCGUCAAUUUUUUCACAUCUUUUGUGCCCUUUAAUAUUUUCGGGUAUGUCUAAAGCGUCAUUCAAUUUAUUAAAACCGGGAGCGGCACUGUUCAAAAGUCACCAGAAUACGCAUAACUACAGACCCCAUAUACUAUAUCCAAGCGUAGAUGACGUGGCGAAUAGCAAUGUUGGAUUUGCGUCUGGACAAGCACUUCAUUUUAAAUUUACAACAACACCAACUCAUCGGAAUCAAUAUGAACAAAAUAUCAAACCUUACCUAUACCGAUGGCAAUCCGGAUCGCACGCAGACGAAACAGGAAGGGAAAACGUAGUCCCACAUGUUAAAUUAUAUAUGUGUGAUAACGGUGACGAUUGGUGUACUUUGAGGUGGGUCUUAAUGGGAAGUCAUAAUCUCUCGAAACAGGCCUGGGGCGCCAAAAAUGAGACAAAGUUUACAAACAGUGACCCACUGGUAUAUAAAGUAUCCAGCUAUGAACUAGGUGUCUUAGUUCCCGGAAAUAUGGAUCCAAACGAUGAUGGUAUUACGUUAAAACCAAUAUAUGGCAGAGAUACUUUCCCUGCACCCCAGCAUAACAACGAUACGCCUUUAAGAAUUCCCUUUAAAUUGCCUCCAGUGAAAUAUAAGCCUUCAGAAAGGCCUUGGAGUGCCUUGAUAAAUUAUGGAAACAACUUGAAAGAUAGAUUUGGUCAGUGCUAUUAUGGUCUUGAUGCUUAA